AUGGCAGCAGAUAUGAAUGAGUAUCAGGGAAAUUAUAUAGGAGAGUAUGGUGAUUUCCUCGACAAAGAAAUCAAGAGAAAUUUCAAGCAUAUAACUAAGCUUGAGCAGAGUGACCUUAGUCAGUAUUCAGAAGAUUUAAAUAGUUAUUUUCAAGCAUUAUCUUCUCUUGAUAGAUAUGAACUCGUUUUCGAAAGUCGACAAGGAGGCAACAAAAUAGAGCAUUGGCAUCGAGAAUUUUUUAAUUAUUAUCAUUUUCUUGAGAAUCAUAUUGAGGUAUGUAAAAUUUCUGGUAAAAAUGAAGAGUUAAAAAAUCUCUUGAUUAUUGCUCAAGCUUUGAGCUGUUUAGCUCGUGUCUGUAAAGUUAUAUUCAAAGAUAAUGGAUUUCGAGUUUUAUACUGGCAGUAUCGACUUGGCAUUGCUAAAAGCUCUCGAGAAGCUUAUAAACAGGCGAUGGAUUAUCUAUUCAAGGGAGACUAUACAAGUGCAGAUCUAGCACUAUCUGAUAUUGUUGAAAAAUUGCCCGAUUCGACAUUUUUAAAACAGAUCAAAUAUGAAUUACAGUUGUCUCUUGAAAAAUUAAUUGGAUUUACCGAAACUUCUGCACACUGUAAAACCGAUCAAAUUUUAGCAACAGCCAUUUUAAACGGAAUUAAGAAUAUUGAACUAUUUAUUAGUAAUAAUCAUUUUCUUCCGGCUGAGCAAUAUAAAAAACUGGAAGAAUUACAAGCAAGAUUUAAUACACUACAUAUUGAAAUUUUGCAACGUUGUGACUUUACAGAUAUUGACAAUUAUUGUAUUAAUCCACCUAAAGAUCUUUUUUCUCAAUUAAAAAAGGCUGUUUCAGGUGGCUAUGCUAAAUAUACAUCAAUUUCUAAUACUUUAAUGGAAAAACUUCGAUUAAAUUUUAGUCUAGCUAUAGAUAAAGUACGUGAAAUUUCUUCGAACGAUCGCUCUACUAAAGUACGCUCAAUCAAAGUUGCAUUUCUCUUUUUACCAGAAGAAUUAAAAACAGUAUUUCAAGCACACAUAGAUGAGUUGAAUUAA